CGGAGCAACAGGACCCGUCCCCGCCGCCCCCCUUCCUGCAGCGGUCGACGCGCCUACGCCAGUCCCCGGCUUCGCUCACGGCCUACCCCGGCUGCUCGGCAUGGCGCGGCCUCUCGUGCCCAGCUCGCAGAAGGCGCUGUUGCUGGAGCUGAAAGGGCUGCAGGAGGAGCCCGUGGAAGGGUUCCGGGUCAACCUGGUGGACGAGGGGGACCUCUACAACUGGGAGGUGGCCAUCUUCGGCCCCCCAAACACCUACUAUGAGGGGGGGUACUUCAAGGCUCGUCUCCGGUUUCCCAUCGACUACCCCUAUUCUCCUCCUGCCUUUAGGUUCUUAACCAAAAUGUGGCACCCCAACAUCUACGAGACCGGCGACGUCUGCAUCUCCAUCCUCCACCCGCCGGUGGAUGACCCGCAGAGCGGGGAGCUGCCGUCUGAGCGGUGGAACCCCACCCAGAACGUGCGGACCAUUCUCCUGAGCGUGAUCUCGCUGCUGAAUGAACCCAACACGUUUUCUCCAGCCAACGUGGACGCCUCUGUGAUGUACCGCAAGUGGAAGGAGAGCAAAGGGAAGGACCGGGAGUACACAGACAUCAUCAGGAAGCAAGUCUUGGGCACAAAGGUGGACGCUGAGCGGGAUGGCGUGAAGGUCCCCACCACGCUGGCAGAGUACUGUGUGAAGACCAAGACUCCGGCGCCGGAUGAGGGCUCAGACCUCUUCUAUGAUGACUAUUAUGAGGAUGAUGAGAUGGAGGAGGAAGCAGACAGCUGUUACGGUGAUGAGGAUGACUCGGGCAAUGAGGAAUCUUGAUGGCCCUCUGGCAUCGCAAAACUUACCAUAAACUACUGAAUUUUACCUCAACUAGGACAAACUGGUUUGAAUUUAGGAUCUGUCAGCCCUGAAAUUAACUCUCUACCUCGCAGGGAGACUGUUCUGCUGUUGCAAAGGAAAUCCC